CGUUUGUGCUACUGGCAGAACGAACGUCUGAACUACCCGACCAACAUGGAGAGAAAAGUUCUAGCACUUCAAGCAAGGAAGAAGAGGGCGAAAGCGAAGAAGUCGAGCAAGAAACAGCCAGCCCACCCCAGGGGGUCAGUACCCCUGCAGCAGCCCCAGCCAGAGACCUCUCCCCAGGAGCCAGAUGAGCCUGAGGAGAUCCUAGGCUCUGAUGAUGAGGAGCAGGAGGACCCCAAUGACUACUGCAAGGGUGGCUACCACCAUGUAAAGAUAGGAGAUCUGUUCAAUGGGAGGUACCAUGUGAUCAGGAAGCUGGGCUGGGGACACUUCUCCACUGUGUGGCUGGCCUGGGACAUCCAGGUGAAGAGGUUUGUGGCUAUGAAGGUGGUGAAGAGUGCAGAGCACUACACAGAGACGGCUGUGGAUGAGAUCAAACUGCUGAGAUCUGUGAGAAACACAGACCCUGACGACCCCAAGAGGGAAAUGGUGGUCCAGCUACUGGAUGACUUCAAGAUCUCCGGCAUCAACGGGACUCAUGUGUGCAUGGUGUUUGAGGUGCUGGGGUACCACCUACUGAAGUGGAUCAUCAAGUCCAACUACCAGGGCCUUCCUCUGCCUUGCGUCAAGAGCAUUAUAAGACAGGUCCUCCAGGGGCUGGACUAUCUUCACACCAAGUGUAAAAUCAUCCACACGGACAUCAAGCCAGAGAACAUCCUGUUGACGGUGAAUGAGCCGUACGUGAGGAGGCUGGCGGCGGAGGCUACAGAGUGGCAGAAAGCAGGGGCUCCCCCCCCCUCAGGGUCCGCAGUCAGCACAGCUCCAGCUCCAAAAGCAAUGACCAAAAUGUCCAAGAACAAGAAGAAGAAGUUAAAGAAGAAGCAGAAGCGUCAGGCGGAGCUGUUGGAGAAAUGCAUUCUGGAUCUGGAGGAGAUGGAGAAGGCUCCGGGGAGGGAGGAGGAGGAGGAUGAAGAGGAGGAGGACCCAGAGUCUCCCGUCUCUCCCAAGUCGGAGCGGCAAUAUUGUGCUCCUCUCAGACAGAUCUCCUUACAGGAAGUAGCCAUCCAAGACACAGCAGAGUGCAUUGCGGGUGCGGAGGUGAACUGUAACGGCCUUCAUCCUGAGGAAGAGGAGGAUGGAACGGAAGAGAAGAAAGCAGAGUGGAGAGAGCAUGACCAACACAACGGUAACGCAGACCAAACAGUGGAUCGCUCUCUUCUUCAGCCCGUGUGUAACGGCCUGGUGUCCCCGGGAACAGAGGAGCCUGACACCCCAGAGAGUGGAGCUCUGACCAGGAAGAUGGCUGAGACUGAAAUAAAGACAAAAGCGUCCGAGACUGAGACAACAAGCUUUAGUGGCCGGGAGGAGGGGGAGCUAUCGCCAGAGGAGGAGGAGAAGAAUCAGGAAAGGAGUCGAGUGGAAGUCACAGAGGAGGCGCAGGACAGGAGUCGUGGGGAGAAGGAGGCCACAGAGGAGGUGUUGGAGAACGUCCAGUAUGGAGGAGAACAGGAGAGUCUGAAGGAUGCCAAACUAGCAGCAGGGAACCUCCUGGUGAACCCCCUGGAGCCACUCAACGCAGACAGACUGAAGGUCAAGAUAGCAGACCUGGGGAACGCCUGCUGGGUGCACAAGCACUUUACAGAAGACAUCCAGACGAGACAGUACCGUUCUGUAGAGGUGCUCAUAGGGUCGGGCUACAAUACACCAGCCGACAUAUGGAGCACAGCCUGCAUGGCAUUUGAGCUAGCCACAGGGGACUACUUGUUUGAGCCCCAUUCCGGGGAAGAUUACGCCAGGGACGAAGACCAUAUUGCAUUGAUCAUUGAGCUGCUGGGGCAAGUCCCACACAAACUCAUAACGGCUGGGAAAUAUUCCAAGGAUUUUUUCACCAAGAAAGGUGACCUGAAGCACAUCACCAAGCUGAAGCCGUGGGGGUUACUAGAGGUGCUGCAGGAUAAGUACGAGUGGCCCAAAGAGGAGGCUGAUUGUUUCGCUGACUUCCUCCUCCCCAUGCUGGAGCUGGUACCAGAGAAGAGGGCCACGGCCGCAGACUGCCUGCGCCACCCCUGGAUCGCCCCACAGUGACUGCCUCCAGUACUGCAAUGCAAAAUACCCUGGGGCCUGUUCAGUAGGCAAACGUUUUUGAAUGUUGCAGCUAAUUUGAAUGACUGGAGCUGACAUGACUAGUUUUUCUACUUGUCAUAGAGGCAUGUUUGUUCUACAGUAAGGAGUUCUAUCUGAGCGUUCCGUAACGUUUUGCCCUGCUGAAUGCGGCCCGUGAUGGAACAGUCCAACCGCUGCGACGUAAAACCCUGGGGCUAUGUUCAGGAGCAUGUAAUGUUACUGAACGUUCGGAUGAAAAUGUAUGGCGUCGAACAGAUAUAUGAUCAUCUGUCAGAUAGAAUAGGGAAUCGUGUCGGCUCUUUUCAUUACAUUUCUAUCUGCAAUGUUACAUUUGACAUUUUAGUCGUUUAGCAGACGUUGUUAUCCAGAGGGGACCGUAAGAGUGUCGGCUAAACCAGUGGUUCCCAACUCCAGUCCUCCAGUACCCCUAACAGCACACGUUAUUAUUGUAGCCCUGGACAAACACACCUGGUGCAACUCUUUGAGGGCUUGAUGAUUAGUUGAAUCAGGUGUGCUUAUCUGGGGCUACAACUAGAAUGUGUACAGUUGUGGAUACUGGAGGACUGGAGUUGGGGAAACACUGUGCUAAAUGACUAAAAUGUAAAAGUAGUGUUUCACGUCCCUGAAUUACAUCCCUAGAUGUAUGCCCUCCAGUGGCGGCAUCCGGCCACUGCGACGCAAAUUUAAACAUCUUACAAGAGACUUGUUGCAACAGAUCACUUUCCAAUUGAAGCGUCUGAGAUGAUUAUUUAUUUCUGUUUUGGUUUGUGUUCUUACAUUUUUGUCAUCAUCCAUCAUCAUCAUCAUCAUCAUCAAGGAGGAAUACGUCUUUGUUUCUCCUUUUUUAUUUCAUUGUUGAUGGUGUUUAAAGAAGCUACUAGGCAACAUUGGUUUAUGGUCAAUCAUUUUGGUGGUCCAUAAUUCUGUGCUCCGUACACUUCUCACCCAUAUACACUAUAUAUACAAAGUAUGUGGACCCACCACUUCAAAUUAGUGGAUUGGGCUUAUUUCAGCCACACCCG